AUGCCGGGUCUCGUUGUACGCCCUUGUCGUAUCGGCAUCAAUGGAUUCGGCAGAAUAGGUCGAAUGGUGCUUCGGGCUUCGCUACUUCGGGAGGACGUCGAGGUGGUAGCUAUCAACCACACUUGCGCUUCGAUAGAAGACUUGAUCUUGCUCUUCACCCACGACUCGACACACGGACCUUUGUCUCGAAUAGUCCAUGAACCCAUCACAAUAGAAGAAACCCAAAGCGGCAACCUGUCAAUUAACGGCCGUGAAAUUGCUUUGAUCUCUCAACGCAACAUCGAGAAAAUCGAAUGGAGUGCACUGGGAGUUGAGUAUGUCGCAGAGUGUACAGGCAAGUUUAGAAGUACAACACUUGCGUCUGCACAUGUCAAUCACGGCGGAGCCAAGAAGGUCCUGAUAUCGGCACCAUCACCCGAUGCGCCGACUUUCGUGUACAAAGUCAACACAUCGCGAUACUCUGAUCGCACUUCGUCAGUUGUAUACUCGAACGCAAGCUGUACCACAAAUUGCUUGGCACCAAUCAUGAAAGUGCUGAACGACAGCUUUGGUGUGUCACAAGCAUUGAUGACCACUGUCCAUGCAUCCACUCAAUCCCAACAUGUGCUAGAUGGAUAUAGCAAGAAGGAUCGUCGUGCUGGUCGGUCAAUUAUGGGCAACAUCAUUCCAACAUCGACAGGAGCAGCAGCAGCAAUCAGUGCAGUAUUACCUGAACUCGAGGGGAAGGUGACUGGCAUAUCAGUCAGAGUACCUACUACCAACGUGUCGAUGGUUGACCUCACAGUAGCAACGGAGAAGGCGACGUCACUUACCGAAAUCAUGGAUGCUUUCACUGAAGCUGCUCGAUCAGAUCUUGCAGGCGUACUGAGUGUUGAGCAGGAAGAGCUGGUUAGUUCCGAUUUUUUGGGUCACAGCUCGAGCGCGGUGAUCGAUGUGAAAGCUUCGAAGCAGCUUAACGAUCGAUUCUUCAAAAUCAUCGCUUGGUAUGACAACGAAUGGGCGUACUCUUGUCGGUUACUAGACAUGCUGACUUUCAUGUCGAAUGAAGAAGCUGGCACAGUGACACAGGAUGUGACGACAGUGCCAGUAAAGAAGAUGAUGGAGGUUGUAGCAGCUCCGAUCACAACGAGUACAUGA